AACACGUGCGAUAUUUAUAAAGUUUACAAACGAAUAACAUGAAACAGAAGAAGAAACUUGCUGUUGGUCUCAGCCGUGAGGAGCGCCAGGUGCUCGUCAUUGGUGAAAUUAUACAGGAGCUGCUGAAGGCACACGAAGCCAAAAAAGAUGUGAAUCUAAAUCGCAUGAAAUCCCUGAUUUCCUCCAAAUACGGCUUGGAUAAUUCGCCACGACUGGUGGACAUCAUAGCAGCUGUGCCGCAGGAUGCCAAGAAAAUAUUGCUGCCCAAAUUGCGCGCCAAACCGAUAAGGACAGCAAGUGGAAUUGCUGUUGUGGCCGUGAUGUGUAAACCGCAUCGUUGUCCGCACAUCAAUUUUACGGGCAACAUUUGCGUCUAUUGCCCCGGCGGACCGGACAGCGAUUUCGAGUACUCCACGCAAUCCUAUACGGGCUAUGAGCCCACGUCGAUGCGUGCAAUCCGUGCACGCUACGAUCCCUUCCUGCAGACCCGGCAUCGUGUCGAGCAGCUGAAGCAACUGGGACACUCCGUAGACAAGGUGGAGUUCAUUGUGAUGGGCGGCACUUUUAUGGCGCUGUCCGAGGAAUAUCGCGAUUACUUCAUUCGCAAUCUGCACGAUGCACUCUCCGGGCAUAGCAGUGCCAAUGUGGCGGAAGCUGUGCGUUACUCGGAGAAAUCACGCACCAAAUGCAUUGGGAUCACCAUUGAAACACGACCGGACUAUUGCCUAAAACGUCACAUUUCGGAUAUGUUGAACUAUGGCUGCACUCGCCUCGAGAUUGGCGUACAAUCCGUCUACGAGGAUGUCGCCAGGGAUACGAAUCGUGGACACACAGUGCGCGCUGUCUGCGAAACGUUUAACAUGGGCAAAGAUGCUGGCUACAAGAUUGUCACCCACAUGAUGCCCGAUCUGCCGAAUGUGGAUUUUGAGCGUGAUAUUGAACAGUUUAUUGAAUACUUUGAGAAUCCCGCCUUUCGCUCGGACGGUCUGAAAAUCUAUCCCACUUUGGUUAUACGCGGCACUGGGCUCUACGAGCUGUGGAAGACGGGUCGUUACAAGUCGUAUCCACCCUCUAUGCUGGUAGAUUUGGUGGCCAAAAUACUGGCACUGGUGCCGCCCUGGACGAGGGUCUAUCGUGUACAGCGAGAUAUACCCAUGCCACUGGUUAGUUCCGGCGUGGAGCACGGCAAUCUGCGUGAAUUGGCGCUGGCGCGCAUGAAGGAUUUGGGCACGGUGUGCCGGGAUGUGCGCACCCGUGAGGUGGGCAUCCAGGAGAUACACAACAAAGUGCGUCCGUAUGAAAUUGAAUUGAUACGCCGUGAUUACGUUGCCAAUGGUGGCUGGGAGACGUUCCUCUCCUACGAGGAUCCCGAACAGGAUAUACUCGUGGGUUUGCUGCGCCUGCGUAAAUGUUCGCCAGACACUUUUCGGCCGGAGUUACAGGGGGGCUGUUCUAUUGUGCGGGAGCUGCAUGUCUAUGGCUCUGUGGUGCCAGUUAGUUCGCGGGAUCCGACCAAGUUUCAGCACCAGGGCUUUGGAAUGCUGCUCAUGGAGGAGGCGGAGCGUAUUGCUCGAGAGGAGCACGGUAGCAUCAAGAUUGCCGUCAUCUCCGGCGUCGGCACAAGGAACUAUUAUCGCAAGCUGGGCUACGAGCUUGAUGGUCCCUAUAUGUCCAAGCCCAUAUCGAAUCCGAUGCAAACGGAACUCGUCUAUGAAUAUGUGUGAAUUUUAGACAAUGAAUGUAUAAGUAAAUAAAUACAUUUAUUCAUUA